UUCCGGUGUGCUGAAGUCUUCUAUGAAAUGGGCUUUCAGAUGCACUGUUGAUUAUGUUGUGUCACACGUGUUGAGGGCUUUUGUGUGUUUUAAAAGAGAUCCCGAUCGCAUUAAGUUUUAUUCCCCUCUAUGUUUAAUGUGAGUUUGUGAAAAGCCUCGCCUGGACUCUUCAUUCAUCUGUGAUUGUUUAUUCAGAAACUCCAGCAUCAUCUGCAGUGUUAGCAGCCCGUCAGCUAACAGCUAAAGUACCGGCUAACAUACCGGUUUACUUUCAUCUAACGGUCACUGCACACUGAAAUGUGACGACUACCUGCCUAACACAGAAAUACUACCUGUUUUUUUGCAGUCGACAAGUCGGGGUUUGGUCAUAUUAUUUGUUUAUCCAUCACCAAUCCUUGUUGGCAUUGUAUCAUGGGGGCAUACUUAUCUCAGCCCAAUACGGAGAAGAGCGCAGGCAACGGCGGGAAUAAGAACAUGAGUUAUGGGUUCGCGGCCAUGCAGGGCUGGCGAGUCUCUAUGGAGGACGCCCACAACUGCAUCCCAGAGCUGGAUGAUGAAACCGCUAUGUUUGCUGUCUAUGAUGGUCAUGGGGGUGAAGAGGUUGCUUUGUAUUGUUCCAAGUAUUUGCCUGAAGUUAUUAAAGAACAGAAGACUUAUAAAGAUGGAAAGCUGCAGAAGGCUCUGGAAGAUGCAUUCCUGGCUAUAGAUGGCCGAAUCACCACAGAGGAAGUGAUCAAAGAGCUUAUUCAGAUAGCUGGUCGUCCUCAGGAAGAAACUGAAAAAGUAGCGGAUGAAGAUGAUGUUGAUAAUGAAGAGGCAGCUCUACUGCAUGAAGAAGCCACCAUGACAAUCGAAGAGCUGCUUAUCCGCUAUGGGCAGAACCUGAACAAAAACUGCAAAAAGCCAUGUCAGGAUUCCUCUAAAGAGUGUGAGGAAGGGGAGAAAACUUGCCCGGAGAAGGAAAUCAACGGUGAGACUGAAUGCGGGGCUUCUAAAGCCGACAGCCAUGGGAAGGAGAAAGCAGAUGUUGAUGCGGACGCUCCUGAAGGUUCAAAGACGAGGGCCUGCAGAAGAGCUGCAGCCUCCAAUGGCAGCGGUGGCUCCUCAUCCGGGGGCUCCGCUGAGAAGCCUGGGUCGACCGGAGAUGCCGGUCCAUCCUGCUCCUCUUCUGCAGCUCCUGCUCCGGGAAGUGCCAAGUCUAAGUUUUUUGAAGACAGUGAGGAGUCAGAGGAGGGAGAAGAGGAAGAAGAGGAGGGUAGUGAUGAAGAGGACUGCAGUGAGGAGGAUGGCGAAAACAGCAGUGAGAAUGAAGAUGAUGACGACACAGAAGAUGGUGAGGAAGAGGACACAGAUGAAGAGGAGGAAAUGUGUUUGCCCGGCAUGGAUGGAAAAGAAGAGCCUGGUUCAGACAGCGGCACCACGGCUGUAGUUGCUCUCAUUCGAGGAAAGCAGCUGAUAGUUGCCAAUGCUGGAGAUUCCAGGUGCGUCGUGUCUGAAAAGGGAAAGGCAUUGGACAUGUCAUACGACCACAAACCGGAGGAUGAACUGGAGCUGGCCAGAAUAAAGAAUGCUGGGGGAAAGGUGACCAUGGACGGCCGCGUCAAUGGAGGACUCAACCUCUCCAGAGCUAUUGGUGAUCACUUUUAUAAAAGAAACAAGGCUCUUCCUCCCGAGGAACAGAUGAUCUCUGCUCUCCCUGAUAUCAAAGUUCUUACACUUAAUGAAGACCACGAGUUCAUGGUUAUCGCAUGUGAUGGCAUCUGGAAUGUAAUGAGCAGCCAGGAGGUGGUGGACUUUGUAAGUGAGAGACUCAAAACAAACGCUGGUAAAAACAAGCCCUUGUCUGCCAUUAUUGAAGAGCUCCUGGACCACUGCUUGGCACCAGACACAUCAGGGGACGGCACAGGAUGUGACAACAUGACCUGUAUGAUCAUCACCUUCUCUCCAUAUCUCGAGAGCAACAUGGACGAGAUCAGCAAGAAGAGGAAACAAGAUGAAACCGGUGCCGCAGAGGAAAACGGCAGCGACAGCAAAAAAUCCAAAACUGAAUAAAACUGCUUUCAUGAAAUGUUCUGAUACUUCAAGGACUCUUUCCCAUUUGAAUUAAGACCACAAGGGAAAUUUUUAAGUAUAGCUCCCUGAUAAAGAGCGUUUUAGUUUAAACAAUUCAAAGAACUGUUAACCAGCCAUUUUGUUCUUUGUUGAUUUUUUUGUUUUUGUUUAGCGGCCCGUCAGCAGUGUCUACUUAUAAUGGAUUGAUCACAAUUGUAUGGUAGCAAAGGUAAUGUCACAUUGAGUCUCUGUGCUCCUGGUGUAUUUUGUCUAGGCCAUCAUACCCUUGUUUAUGUACAUAGUGCUUUUCCCCAUUAACUGUCCUUUUUUUUCCUUUUUUUAAAUCGUGGAUCAAUUGUAUUUGUGACCUAUUCUCCAGACACCCAUAUGUACUUGAUCAAAUACAUUUUUUUAAAAAUAACGUAAUGAGAUGCUGGUCUGUUUUUCCCUGAUAAAGUCAUUGGAUAUACCCCCAAAAAAGGAGAGAAAUGAAUCCUGUAGAAAUGCUCUUCAAGGUGAAAAUGACAUUCCUUUCUCCAUUGUUUUAUGUUUCUGAGUAGCAAUUGUUUAUGCAUUGAUGUUGAACCGCUAUGUCAAGCCUCUUUUUUUUGGAUCUUGAACUGAGAUCAACGCCUUAAACUAAAAUAAUUUCAGUAACUUAACAAAUUGUAGUUUUCAAGUCAACGUCCUCAAUGCUAUAAGGAAGAGUUUCUGUUUUCCAUUGUCUUCAGUCUUUAAGCAUCCAUGAAUACAUAAGGUUUAUAUACGAUGUAUUUUGGAAUAUAUAUUUUGGUACUUUCCAGAACAUCUUUGUGGCUUAUACAGGGAAACAAAAAGUCAUUGCAUUACAGCUUUUUUUCUGUAUCAAUAAACAAGUGGAGACAAAUAUA